AUGAACAAGGCAAAAAUUUGGAAGAGUUUUUUGAGUCAACUUCAGAGGAAUACUAAUGGCUUGACAUCCGAGAACAAGGAACUUAAGCUCAAGUUACAGGCUAUGGAGCAGCAAGCACACCUUAAAGAUGCCCUAAACGAGGCAUUGAAGAACGAAGUACAGUGGCUUGCGGCUGGCCAAGCUCCCAGUGGUCCUAAUGGAAACUUGGGCUCAACUUCUCAAUUCUCUCCAUCAGCUAAUUUCUUUUCGAACCAACAUCAACAACAUCAGUUUCAAAUGCCAACUUCCAGGCCGAAUAACCCUAGGCCUGGUGGGCAGGCUCGAAUUAGUUUUCAGGAUUUUAAUCGGAGGUCUUAA